AUGGAGGGGGACUCAUUGCCAAGAGGAUUUUUAUCCAGUUUGGCAAGAAAGCAUCAUGUGCAUAGAUCAACAACAACAAGAUGGUUUAAGGUAAUUAAGCAACACAUGUUAGAAGGCAAUGCUGUAGAUGUAAGGACCAAAAAAAUAGGCACUGUGGGCAGAAAACAAAAGGAGUACAGUGAUGAAUUCUUAACAUCAGUGCCUUUGUACAAAAGACAAACUGAAAGAGGAUAUGCUGCAGCACUUCAUGUGUCUAAGUCAGCUAUUCACAGAUUAAGGAAAAGGGAAACAAGGACAUUCUACCUCUUCCCAGCUGAAGACAAUCCAUACAGAGCCCAACAGUCCAAAAGGUUCAAGAUAAAGGGUAUGUUUAUGGGCAUGAUUGGGAAACCAUUGUAUGAUGCAAACAAACAAUUAUUACAUGAUGGGAAGUAUGGUCUUUUCCCUUUUGUGAAGUAUGAGGAAGCAAAGAAAAAGAGUAAAAACAGAGACAAGGUAACCAUUGAGGCUAAGGCAGUCCAUAGUAUUAACAAGGAAGCAAUAAGGGACAUGCUACUUAAUCAUGUGUUGCCAACAAUACAUGAACAAUGGCCACCCCAACUUCCCAAAGACAUAACUAUUCAAUGGUAUAAUGCUAGGCCUCACCAAAUACCACAAGAUGCAGAAUUUCAAGAAGCAUGUCAAGCAUAUGGAUUCAACAUACAAUUUGUUUUUCAACCAGCACAAUCACCAGACAUGAAUGUUCUAGACUUAGGACUUUUCAAUGUCAUUCAAUCACUGCAGUAUCAGUCAUUUCCUCAAAAUUUAGAUGAUCUCAUCAAAGAAGUUGAAAUAGCAUUCAAAGGAUUUGAUCCAGAGUUGAACAAAUACAGUUGGAUUACACUUCAGUCAUGCAUGGUUGAGGUCUUAAGAAGAAAAGGAGGAAACAACUACAAAAUACCACACAUGAAAAAAAGAAGUCUAGACAGGCAAGGUGUUCUACCAGAAUUGCUUCAAGUAGACAAGGAAUUAAUUGCAGAGGUUGUUUCCUAUUGA